AUGGCGAAGGACUUCUUCCUGUACGAGAACAUCUCCAAAAUCAGUCCCUUUGAGGGCCCACAGUAUCAUAUCGCUCCAAAAUGGGCGUUUUACCUGCAAGCGGCAUUCAUGGGCAUGGUGUUUUUCUUUGGAACGCCACUCAACUUCACCGUGCUUUUUGUCACCGCUAAAUACAAGAAGCUGCGGACGCCUCUCAACUUCAUCUUGGUCAACAUCUCUCUUGCGGGGUUCAUCUUCGAUGUGUUUUCAGUCAGCCAAGUGUUCGUGGCCAGCCUAAGAGGAUAUUACUUUCUGGGUCACACAAUGUGUGCGCUGGAAGCUUCAAUGGGCUCAGUAGCAGGCUUGGUAACGGCAUGGUCACUUGCUGUCUUGGCAUUUGAGAGAUAUAUUGUCAUCUGCAAGCCACUUGGAUCUUUUAAAUUUGGGACGAACCAUGCCUUGGGUGGAGUGGCCUUCACCUGGUUUAUGGGGGUUGGAUGUGCCUCGCCUCCCUUCUUCGGCUGGAGCAGGUACAUCCCUGAAGGCAUAGGCUGUUCCUGUGGCCCGGACUGGUACACGACGGGCACAGAAUAUAACUCGGAGACGUACACAUAUUUCCUGUUGGUCACUUGCUUCAUCAUGCCCAUCACCUGCAUCAUCUUUUCAUAUUCGCAGCUUCUGUCCGCCUUGAGAGCCGUUGCAGCUCAACAAGCUGAAUCGGCAUCGACACAGAAGGCAGAGAAGGAAGUGUCUCGGAUGAUCAUCGUGAUGGUGAUGUCCUUCGUUUUGUGUUACACACCUUAUGCUCUAGCUGGACUGUACUUCACCCUCGAUCCAACCCCAGAUAAGGACUACCGUCUGGUUACCAUUCCUGCACUUUUCUCCAAGAGCUCGUCUGUUUACAAUCCAUUGAUCUACUGUUUCAUGAACAAGCAGUUCAAUGCAUGCAUUAUGGAGACUUUCUUUGGAAAGAAGAUUGAUGAGGCUUCAGAGGUGUCCAAAACGGAGGUAUCGUCUGUGUCUACUUCUUAG